AUGGUAUACCCCACUUCAUUAUGCAGCAAAAUAUGGGGAAAAGAGGUCGCUGAAAUUCUUAUAUCACAUGGGGCAAAUGUCAACUCAAUUGUAAAUAAUGAAAAGACUCCUCUUCAGUUUGCAGCAGAAAAUGGGAAAAAAGAGGUCACCGAAUUUCUUUUAUCGCAUGGGGCAGAUGUCAACUCACCUGAUGUUACUGGAUGGACUCCUCUUCAUUUUGCAGUAAAAAAUUCGAGUAAUGAAAUAGCACAACUCCUCAUUUGGCAUGGUGCAAAAAUUGAGGCAAAAAAUAGUGAUUUUGAAACCCCCCUUCAUGUUGCAGUCAGAGAAGGCCAAAUUGAUAAUGUCAAACUUCUAAUCAAAUAUCAUGAAGAUGUUCAUGCUUUAACAAGACACGGUUGGUCAAUUCUUUUUAUUGCACAUUUUCAUGGAAAAGAUGAAGUAGAGGCCUUCCUGAAGUCAAUUAAAGUGGAUAAAAAACUAAAAAAGAAAAAAAUAAUAAAUACUUAUUUGGAUAUUGACAUCAUAAUACAAAAGAAGAAGAAACAUGCAAAUGUAAUAAAGAUCAGGUAG